UUAAUAUUUCGCUCUAGCGAAAGCUCUUGUAACGCUCACAAAUCAUAUUCAAACUUUAUUUAUUCAAUUCUCAGGUAUAGAUUAGCUGUCGAUGUGAAAUUUUUGUUCUUAAUUUCGUUAACUCGUUAAAAUGAAAGAUGGAGCAGCUUAGUUUGCAGGGAAGAAAGCAUUCUCGAGGACCUUAGCAAAAUAAAUACAAAAGACAUUCGCAAGCUGAGCAUCUGGAACACGCAAACAAAGCUGCGCAUUGAAGCAGUCAACAGUUCAUUGAACUUAUCGAAUUUAUUGGUUCUCGAUCUGUCGCAUGUGGCACGCCUUGAACUUAUCGAUGGAGGCUUCUCCAAUUUCCCCCCAACUAAUGGAGAUCAACAUAAGUGGCUGUGGCUUGGAUCAGCUGCUGAACUCGCACUUUGCCAACGAUUCGGUGCUCAAUGCGAUCGACGCACGUUAUAAUAAAUUCACUGCUCUGAUUUGUUUAACAAAUUCCCAAAUUUGGUUUUUGCUUUUUCGAUCACAAUGCUCUGAGUCAUUUGGAGCUGCCGAACAUGCCGCAUCUGAAAAUGUUGUACCUUGGGCAAAAUAACUUGACUGAUUUCAACCUGGGCAAUUGUUCGAACUUGCAGCAACUCACUCUAAACGAAAAUCAUCUCACUCAGUUAUAGAUGAACUAUCGCAAACAAAUGUCGUUCUUAAAUUUGUCAAUUCUCUGGCUCAUCUGCUGUGUUGCCACUGCUGACACACAAACUUGUGAGAUAGAAAAUAUAGAUCCCUAUAUUAACUUAAAAUGUCAGGAAUUAAGCAGUCUCGAGGACAUAGUCGAUUUCCCCACAACAAAUCUUCGCAAGUUGGAAAUCACAAACACGCAAACAAAGCUAACCAUUGGAGCAGCGAACAGUUCACUGAACAUGCCGCAAUUUCCGACCCUCGAUCUGUCGCAUGUGCCACGCCUUGAACUUCUCUAUGAAGGUUUCUCCAAUCUUCCCAAACUGUUUGAGAUCAACAUCUCUGGUUGUGGAGUAGAACAACUGCUGGGUUUGGGAGUUCCACGCCAGUGACAAUAAGCUUAGUGUUCUCAAAAAAGAUUUCCUCAGCAAACUUCCCAAUUUGUUUUAUGCUUAUUUCGCAAACAAUUCUCUGAGUCAUGUAGAGUUGCCAUACAUGGAAUAUCUAACUUUCUUAGACCUUAGUCAUAAUAACUUGACAACCUUCAACAUCACCUUUGGCAAUUGUCCAUCCUUGGGAGCCCUCUACCUCAACAACAAUAAUCUCACUCAGUUCCAGAUUACACUCCCUGCAGAAAUUGUGAACUCAUCAGUAGAGAAGGUAUUUUCACUGAAAGCAUUGGAUCUCUCAAACAACAGCAUAAGUGAGCUUAUCGAAAACCAAUUCGAAUUGUUGGGUGGACUCCAGUUGCUGAAUUUAUCUGGCAAUAAAAUUGCCGUUUUGAAGAGUGGUCACUUCGCAGGUCUGACUUCGUUGCGUUAUUUGCGUUUGCAGUCAAACGGUAAAUUGGAACUAAGUGAACAUACCUUUGAAGCACUCAAGCAACUGGCGAUGCUUGACUUGUCAUACAAUGGUCUCGAAAGUUUGGAUCCUAAUCUCUUCGGAUACAAACAGAUGGACACGCAAGGACUUUAUGAGUACUUGCCAAUGGCUCACAUGCGAUGGCUUAAUCUAAAUGGCAAUAAACUCCAGCAGCUGGACUCUAGAACCUUUGAGAAAUUGCCAUUUUUGGAAGAGCUGUGUCUGAGCAACAAUGCAUUGCGUGUGCUUCCCGAAGGCCUGUUUGUUCCCAUACAAAAUCUGAAGGUGCUGGACAUGCGUCGCAAUCAAUUGACAGAGAUUAGCAGCGAUAUUCUAAAGAGUCUAAACAACGCCAAGGAUCUGCUUAUCAACUAUAAUCAGCUGACAACUCUGCCCGACUUGAAUGGGACGCUGCCUCAAUUGCAACGUAUGGGCAUUGAUGGGAAUCCGUGGGAACGUGCCUCUUUUGCCCCAUUGGAGCAAUGGCUGAUCGCAAGAAAGAUACAGUAUCUGACAGAUGACUACUACUUUUAGAGCAACGAUUAGAAACAACGCCUCUGAUUUUGAUGAGUUUAAAUAGUUUCAAUCAGUCGGUGGAGCAAUUUGUCGCAACAGACUGAUGAUGCUGAUAAUGAUGAAAUUAAUAAUGGAACUAAGCUAUUCACUCUAAAUAUUUCUCUUUCAAGACUU